AUGGCUACCGCGUCGCUGAAACCGCCGCAUCUCCCGCGUCCGUCUCGUUCGAACGAGCCCACACACUCGUCGUCUCCCGCAAUUCCAGGAACCUCCAUAAUUGCCACCACACUCCCACAUCAUCCUUCUAAUCCACGUCAUCAGAUAACCCAUGCGGGGAGGCUAUGCUGUUGCGCCGCCGUGCGCGGUUCACACGGUAGGGGGAGCGGAAGAGGAGGCGGGGGAAACGGCGGAACGGCCGGGGGAACCGGGGGGCUGGACGGAUACGAGGAUUUAGCCCGUUACGGGCUGGACGAUUUCGAAUUUAGCCCUAUGUUCAUGCCUCCUUCCCCUACCGCUGCUCCCUUUCUCCCGCCUUUUCCGGAGCAACUACCGCCCUCCACAUUCUCUACUUCUACCGCAUCCGCCCCCGCGCAAUCACCCCCAGUCCCCGCCACUUCUCCGCCGUUUCCCCUAGACCAGCCCCUUGCAUCUCCGCCCGCGCAAAACCCGUUCACCUCUUCCGCGCCCGGGCAGGUCGCGGGCGCACCGGAUAGUGCGGGCAGCCCGGGAAUAGACAUCGGCCUCGGCGCAUUUCCCGGGCUAGACUUCGGCGGGUUGGGGAUCCGCCGAGGGCGCGAGCGGGGGAAGAGCGGCGGAGAGGAGGGCUUGGGGCAGCAACUGGAAGGGCUGUGGGGGGGAAGGGCGGAGGGCGCGCGGAAGGAGGGGGUGCGCGGAAGGCGCGGAGCGCAGGGCGCGGGGAGCAGAGGCGGGAAGACCUCAGCGGCAGGAGCAGGGGCAGCGGGGGGGAAGGGAGGUUUAGCGGGAGCAGGAGCGGGAGCGGGAGCGGGAACCGGAGCGGCAUCUGCGGCGGCAUUCGCGGCGGGCGGUUUGUCGUCUUCCGAGGAGGAGGAGGAGGGCAGCGGGACGUGGAGUGUGUAUCUGCUGCUUUCGGCGGACUGCCGGAAGACCUACGUCGGUGUGACGAUGGACGUGCAGAGACGUGUGAAGCAGCACAACGGCGAGGUGGUGGGGGGCGCCAAGUCAACGCGCGCUGGGCGCCCGUGGACGCUGGUGGGCGCGGUAGAGGGCUUCCGCACGCGGAGCGAAGCCUUCCAGUUCGAGUGGAGGUGGAAGAACCCUCGCACCAUCCGGGGAGACGGCAGCUACGACCGUUCUGCAGUCUCCGCCGUGCCUGCCGCCACUGACAGGUUCGGCAACCCCGAGCCUCUCGUGCUGCUUCGGCGCCGCAGCGCUCUGGAGGAGGCUCGGAAGUCCUUUCCCGACUGGAACCACCUGACCUUCACGUGGAAUGAGAACACUGUUCACGCGCCCGCGCCUGCUGCUGCUGAUGCUGGUGCUGCUCCUGCCAGUGCUGCUGCUGCUGCUGCUGCUGCUGCUGCUUCUGAUGAUGCGACCGAUGCUGGUGGUUUGGCCGGCACUGGCAGUCCGCAGCUAGCAUAG